AUGACCGGAACCGAAAAAUCCAAAAGUGCUUUUGAUAGUUUUCAAAAAUGCCGAAAAAAAAUAUACAAAGCUCAAAAACAGAAAGUGAUUCAUACGAAAAAUUAUACUCGACAAUUUUGCGCUCUUACUAAACAUACGAAUACUAUGCUUAAUGAUCGUACUGAACAUGACCGUAGAAUGUUUCGUCAGCUGCAUGAUGUUGAAUAUCAUCUUAAUUCUGAUUUGGAAUCAGCGGAAUCCCCACCAUCUGUAUCUAGAAUCCCAAUACAAGCUUCUCCGGAUAUUCCUCAAGAUUUGGAUGAUUCAAUUGAGGUAGUAGUAUUUUUUUCAAAACAAAACGUACCAAAAUUGAACAUUACUUCCAUGCGCGUAACGAUAUUUGCGAAAUUCAAAAUGCAACGAUCAUUUAAUAAUGUGGAUGAUGAGGAACUGUCUGGCAUCACUUUGGUGCCACCGGAUGAACUUCUUCAAGAUGAAGAUGAAACUAAUGCAAACCUGUCAGAUCUUGAAAAAGAUGUGGAAAAUUCUUACCUUCAAGAAUUAUCUGUUGAGACUUUGAACCCGACUAUUGAGAGACUUCUCAGACUUAAAGAGGGAAUUGCAAGAUACAGAAUUACAUUUUUGCCUGAAUUUCAUCUCAACGAUCCAGUUAAACGGCUGGUUACUGAUAAGGAAUGGAUAAUAAUGCAAUCGAAAUGGAGAAAGAUUGAGGAGGAGAUUGUAAAUUCCCUUUCACCAAUUGAGAGUAACCUCCAAUCACUUUUAAAGAGAUAUGAAAAUGUAAUUUCACAACAUACUACCGGAUGUUACGUUGAUUUGAACAAAGUUGAGUCUGCUAUCGGUCAAGCCCCGUUCGAAAAUGAUUAUUUAUUUGCGAGAGAUUGGAUGUUAAGAUGGAUUCAACAAGUGUAUACAGCUUUCUUGAUGUGUUUUCAAACACCAAUAAACCCUUUAACAGAUGCCAACGCGUCGGAAUACGCAUAUAGAAGUCGGAUCAUAAAUAGACUGUGGGAGGAAGUUUUUUUGGACGUCAAUGGAGUAAUCUGUAUGAAAACAGGUGAAGUUGAGAAUACGGAUCGAAAGUUUCAGUUGGAAAUAAAAAGAUGUUUGGAUAAACGUAAUACAAAUGCCGGUAGUUGGUUUCAUGAUGCGAUCUUAUUGAUGAAUGUUAGCCAAAAUGAAAUUCAAGUAGCUUUUGGGGAAGUUGUCGGGAACGCAUAUUAUCACGAUGAUGUAAAAAUGAAUGGUGAUCGCGAAAAGAUCCUUAAAGCCAUGCAACUGGCUCUCUUCAAGAUUCGGCAAUUAUUUCCUGAAGACCAUCCAAAUAUAAAAAAUUUAGAAACGUACGGAAUUCUUGCGUACA